CAAACGAAGGGUCAAAGAAGUCGGCGUUUCCCUCUUUUUAAAGUACAGUCCUUCGUCUUCGUCUUCGUCUUCCCUGCAAAACAGGUUGAGGACUUGAGGUUAAAGAGAAGGAAGCAUUGAACUUGAGAGACUCAAAUGGAUUUGAUGUCCCAUUCUUCCAGCUUUCUUCUUCCUUCAAUCGAAGUUGACAUCAACUCCAAUCUAACUUACGCCUUGGUUAUUCUUAACCAACGUCUUCCCCGAUUCACUCCUCUCCUAUGGAAGCAUGCACAGCUGCGUCUUUGUGCAGAUGGAGGAGCUAAUCGCCUAUACGAUGAAAUGCCUGACCUGUUCCCCCAGGAAGAUCCUCUCCAUGCCCGAAACAGGUACAAGCCAGACGUGAUCAAAGGAGACAUGGAUUCAAUUAGAACAGAUGUAAUGGACUUCUAUUCAAAUUUGGGUACUAAGAUAGUGGAUGAAUCACAUGAUCAGGACACCACAGAUCUACACAAAUGCAUAUCUUUUAUCCAAGACUUUACGCCAGAAGCAGAUAAAUCUGAAUUGUGCAUUCUUGUUACAGGAGCACUUGGUGGUCGGUUUGAUCACGAGAUGGGAAACAUCAAUGUGCUUUUACGCUUCUCAAACAUCCGAAUAAUUCUGAUAUCUGAUGAUUGUCUCAUCCACCUUCUCCCAAAGACUCAUCGCCAUGAGAUCCAUAUCUUGUCAUCCGCUGAGGGUCCACACUGUGGCCUCAUACCCAUUGGGAUGCCAUCGACAAAGACCACAACAACCGGACUUCAAUGGGAUCUCAAUGACACAGAGAUGAGGUUUGGUGGUUUGAUAAGCACAUCAAAUGUCGUAAGGAGUGAGAAGAUCACAGUGCAAUCAGAUUCAGACCUUCUGUGGACAAUAUCAAUUAAAAUGCCGACGUGAAGCUUAGGGCUUUAGCAGGUCAUAGACUUACAUACCUCAUGCUACUCAUUUGAAGUGGUGGUUCAAUCAAUCCAUGGGGCCUAGUGCGGAUGCACUAUGAAAUUUUCCAAUUUUUAUUGUAUGCUAAUUUUGAGGUGGUUCUAAUGUUGGGUGUUUAUGCCCAUAUUACUAAUAAGUUUUAGAAAGAAAAUAGAAAUUUGAUAAUUAUGAUUGUGUAACUACCUUCAAUUCUUAAUCAGUGUGGUAAUCAUACCUUUCGAAUGGAA